AUGUACCCGCAUCCGGCAGUGCCCGCUGCAAUGUCGUGCGUAUCGCGCGCUUUCCUCGCCACCACCCUACUGGCCAUCCUGUAUUCAGGAUGGUGUUCAGAAGACGAAGAACGUUUAGUUCGCGACCUUUUCAGAGGAUACAAUAAAUUAAUACGACCUGUCCAAAACAUGACACAGAAAGUGGAUGUGAGAUUUGGUCUUGCGUUUGUACAACUCAUUAACGUCAAUGAGAAGAACCAAAUUAUGAAAUCAAACGUUUGGCUCCGUUUGGUUUGGAUGGAUUACCAGUUGAUGUGGGACGAAGCUGACUACGGCGGUAUUGGCGUAUUAAGAUUACCGCCUGACAAGGUUUGGAAGCCAGAUAUAGUUCUUUUCAAUAACGCUGACGGAAAUUACGAAGUCCGAUAUAAAUCAAACGUGCUUAUAUAUCCUAAUGGAGAAGUACUUUGGGUCCCACCAGCUAUAUAUCAGAGCUCGUGCACGAUUGACGUAACCUACUUUCCAUUUGACCAGCAAACGUGUAUCAUGAAAUUCGGAUCUUGGACGUUCAAUGGGGACCAAGUAUCACUGGCGCUAUACAACAACAAGAACUUUGUUGAUCUUUCCGAUUAUUGGAAGUCAGGAACAUGGGAUAUCAUAGAAGUACCGGCUUAUUUGAACAUUUAUGAAGGCAAUCAUCCAACUGAAACUGAUAUUACGUUCUACAUUAUAAUUCGACGGAAAACAUUGUUUUACACUGUAAACUUAAUAUUGCCGACUGUUUUAAUUUCGUUUCUUUGUGUACUUGUAUUUUAUUUGCCAGCUGAAGCUGGUGAAAAGGUAACCUUGGGUAUCAGCAUUUUACUUUCUCUGGUUGUGUUCCUGCUUCUGGUAUCGAAGAUUCUUCCACCGACAUCGCUUGUACUUCCACUUAUCGCUAAAUAUUUAUUAUUCACAUUCAUUAUGAAUACUGUCAGUAUUCUGGUUACGGUUAUCAUAAUCAAUUGGAACUUCAGAGGACCCAGAACUCAUAGGAUGCCAUUAUGGAUUCGAAGCGUUUUCCUGCAUUAUUUACCAGCUAUGCUGCUUAUGCGGAGACCGAGAAAAACUAGAUUGCGCUGGAUGAUGGAAAUGCCCGGAAUGGGUGCUCCACCCCAUGCAGCGGCACCACACGACCUCCCGAAACAUAUAAGUGCGAUUGGUACCAAACAAAGCAAAAUGGAGGCAAUGGAGCUAUCGGACCUACAUCAUCCAAAUUGCAAAAUAAACCGUGCUGCCGGCGGAGGUGAAGUUGGCGCUCUUGGAGAUCUUGGUGCACUGGGUGGUCUGGGACUUGGAGGAGAAAGACGCGAAUCGGAAAGUUCGGAUUCACUUCUACUUUCUCCUGAAGCGGCAAAGGCUACGGAAGCAGUCGAAUUCAUUGCGGAACAUUUACGAAAUGAAGAUCUUUACAUUCAGACUCGCGAAGACUGGAAAUACGUGGCAAUGGUUAUUGACAGAUUACAGCUGUACAUUUUCUUCAUAGUCACCACAGCAGGAACGGUUGGGAUACUGAUGGAUGCACCACAUAUUUUCGAAUAUGUUGACCAAGAUCGUAUUAUUGAAAUUUAUCGAGGAAAAUAA